UGGUGUACGUACCCCCGGGUAACCCGGAGUGGCUUGCAUGACUGGAUGAAAUUACAGCUCCAGUGCAUGUAGGAAUUUGAGUCAUGACUCUGCAAUGACCUUUCCUGUGUGAUUGAUAUGCUUGGUUAAAGGCCAGUGCUCAGACUUUAUUCAGUUGUCUAGCACAAACUGUAUAGAAUGCAAUCUUCCAGAAUUCUUUGAUGCUGUGCUUAUAAGUUAGCCACAUUCGAUCAAUAUGACAUUCAAGCUGGUGUUGCUAAGACAUGGUGAAGGUGCAUGGAACAAAGAAAAUCGAUUUUGCAGUUGGGUUGAUCAAAGGUUGACUCCCAAUGGUAUAAAAGAAGCCCAAACGUGUGGAAAGGUACUGAAAGAAGCCGGACUUGAAUUUGAUCUUGUGUUUACCUCUAUUUUGAGCCGCUCCAUUGAAACCUCAUGGCUAGUUCUGCAGGAGAUGGGGCAAGAAUGGGUGCAAACUGAGAGCUCUUGGCGACUUAAUGAGCGCCAUUAUGGAGCACUAAUUGGUCUUAACCGAGCAGAGUUGGCUUCAAUUCAUGGAGAAGAGAAAGUUAAGCUUUGGAGAAGAAGUUAUGAUAUCACUCCACCUCCUAUUGAUGAAUCACAUUCAUAUUUCGAUGAAAUUUACAAUGAUCGAAGAUACAAUUAUUGUGAUGUUGCAAAAGACAAGCUACCCAAAGCUGAGAGUUUGAAGGAGGUUCUUGAUAGACUACUGCCAUAUUGGUAUGAUGUAAUUGUGCCGGAAAUAAAGAAAGGGAAAUGCAUUCUAAUAUCAGCACAUGGAAACAGUGCCAGGGCUCUUCUUAAACAUCUGGAAGGUAUCCCAGAUGAUGAAAUAGUUAAUGUGACCUUGCCAACUGGGGUGCCAGUUCUUCUGGAAUUGGAUGAAAACCUUCACCCAGUUAGACCACAUCGAUUUUUAGGCAAUCAGGAGGACAUCCAGGCAGCAAUCAAAAAGGUGGAGGAUCAGGGCAAGGCAACUGCUCCAGGAAAGAAUGUACCUGUUUCUGCCAAUUAACUCUUGUUUAUUGACUUUGGAAGGGAGAUGCAAUUAGAAAACAUUUAAAAACUAUUUGGAGUGGAAGUUUAUUUUGUUUGGAACAUUCUGUGUAGAUUUGCUGUAGUUGGUGAGCAUGUCCUAGGUUUGGCACUCGUGAAAUAUAUUGAACUUUUAUUUGCUGCUUUGCACCGAUGCCUUAAUAAGGCUAAUUUAUUUUAAAAGGUAGAACUGUAUAUGUUUUUGUACACAGGAAGAUAGUUUUGCUAUUGUGCCAAGGAUUAUUUUAAGUAAAAUUUACAAGGCAAAAUUAAAGAUGCUGACCAUAAUUUGUCAUUUAAGCUGUGAGAGGCCAACUAUGUUCGUUCAGGUAUGCAGGAGGUGUGGUCCUUGGCAGCUGAGAUUUGCACCACUUAUAUCUGCAUUAUAGGGAAGGACUGAUAGCAGCCAAUUAACCCCAAAAGGUUAAUUGAUUCCAUUGGGCCUUGGAAACAUUGGAGACAUGCCCCUGUGCCUGACAAAACCCUGGUUUGUAUGUCAAAAGAGCAAAAUCUGAGCCUUAUCUAUUAUGUAAUUCAUUUUUCAAAUGACCUUAGCACAUCAUUUAUUAUCAAGAUAAAUUGUACUUGCUAAAAUUAGUUUUACCCUAGUUUUACCCUAUUCUUGUUCAGGGAAAUUGUAAAGAUUUUUUUGACCUAAUAAGGUUCAAAUAAUUGAUUUAGAAAAGACAGAGACAGAUAAUAAAAUAAUAAGUAUUCAGUAAAGAGUUAUGGUUCUUGUAGGAAGCCUGAAAGUAACAAAACAUUUUAAGAUUUCCCAGAAGACUUUACUGAUAAAUAAGACAUAACAUUAUCUAAACUUUUUAUAUAGUUGUGUGCCACAUUUGAUUAUUGAAGAAGGUAAAGCAAUUUCAAAAAGCCUUGCCUCUUAAGAUUUUAAUUGUAUAUUAAUAGCUAUUGAAAUUGAAUUAUUUGAAAUCUGAUUCCAACAGCCUCAAUCCAAAUUCAUUGGAAAAACAAGUGACCGUUAUGUGGUUUGAAUAGGGAAUACUCAGUAGUUGGUUCUGUAGAAAUCUUGAAGAAAUAAUACCUUGAAGUGUGAGAGAAUAUUACUGUAGUCUGUAGCAUAAAUAGCACCACAACAUUUUACAUUUUGGAGUUUACAAUAUCAAUUUGUUUUGGUUUUAUGAAAUUGUAGACAUUUUUGUGUUUUAAGAAACUUCUCAAAUGGUUAAAAAUAGAAAAUAACAAUUUUCUUUAUCCUGUUGUAUUAUUAUAGUUAAAUUGGUGAAGGCUUAAAAUCCUAAAUAUAAGUAUUCAUACCUCCUGUGUUUCCAGCACCUAUGUUUUGGUGAAGUUUAUCUGUUGAACUACUGAUCUAUACAGAUCAGGAUAGUCUUUGGUUUUGUUACUUCAUUUAUGCUAAGCUAACCCUUCUUGAUAGAGGUAGUUAUAGUGGGCACACUCAGACACACACCAUUUAGCAACCCAUGUUACAUUGUCUUGUUUUUGCAUGUUCAUCGCAAGGCUUGUAAAGAAUGAUUCAAGUUCAUUGAGCACUUGGAUGAAGAACUCGAAGGCCAUUCAUGCCUGCUGAACUAUAACCAGCAAGUACUUAGUAUUUUGGGACAGAGAUAUAAAUCAGACUUCAGUCCAUGAAGAUUGAAGAACAAGCCAAUGGAUAGCAGUGCAAUUAUAACGUGCUUCAAAUCACCAAUGGAAAACAAUGGAAGACUGUGUGUAUUUUACUGUCAAUUGAAUUGUAUUGCAGGGACACAAGCUCCAAGGUGCCCUUUUUGUUGAAAUUUCAUUUAUUUUAUGAAAUGUCCAUAUCAUGUCUACUGAAUAAAAGUAAAAUAAAAAUUGAAUACAAUCGAUUUGAUACAUAAUUGGAUAAAUAAUCCAGUGAGUUACCGUUAAAAUCUGACAGUGGCAGUUUGAGUAUUUAAAAUGCCGUUUACACAAAAAUCAGACCAAUAAUCAGUAAAAGUGACAAUUAAACCUCUUGGAUUGAUAUUAAAGAUCCAAUUGAUUCACCAAUGUCUUUGAGGGAUGGAAAUCUGCCAUUCUUCCCUUAUCAGGCCCCUAUGUAAAUGCUUCUGAAGUGGCCUGGCAAAUGUAACAAUUGAAUCUAACUACUACAAAAAAUGGGAAUAGAACCAGAAACUAUACUAAAGUGGUCCAAGAAGAUCCUUUUAAGGGUUUUUAGAGAUAGACAAUAAAUGUCAUCCCUGCCAGGAUGUCCAUCUUCUGAGAAUGAAUAUAAAUUUGCAAUUCUAACAAGGUGUGAAUAACUAUCAUUUGUUUACAUGAAUUUCUUUUGGUAUUUGGUAGAUAUGAGUAUGUUGGCAGUAUUAUCAAAACCGUUCAGUUUACUUCAAGUCCAUAUUGCUGUUGUCUUCAGUAUGUUUUGUGGAUACCAUUCAGAACAUUCAAUCUGAGUAUGAUAUUUAAGUUAUUACUUUGUCAUUCAUUAUAUUUGUUAGUAUUAUAUGCAAAAAUAUUGAAAAUGAUUAGCCUACUUCCUGAUUGUGGAGAAUAGCACCAAAAUAGUUUAUUACAGUUUGGCAUGUGUAAUAAAAAUA